AUGGACGACGACGACGUCGACGUCGACGCGCGCGACGCCGCGGACGUCCUCGCCCGCGCGCGCGACGCCGUGGAGCGGUACGCGCGGCCGUGCGCGGGCGAACGUCCACGACCGCCUCGAUCGAUGCGCGCGAUCGAAGACGCGCUCGAAACCACGCUCGCGGUGAGCGUCGCGGCCGAGCGCGCGGGCGACGGACGCCGGGCGAUGCGGGCGUUCGUGGACGACCGCGCGCGGGCGGUGCGACAGGAUCUGGGGAGGUUUUGGAUGGACGCCGCGGAUCCGGCGGGCGCGGCGCGCGCGACGGCGGCGCUGGAACGCAUGGUGACGCACGACGCGCGAAGGGAACGGGCGAUUCGACGAGACGACGACGGGUGGUGUGACGCCGAGGCGGCGCUCAGGGAAGAACAGGGGGCGAAGACGCUUGGGAUGCUGUGCGCGGCGCAUCGCGCGCGCGGCGGGCGGACGCCGCGCGCGGGCGAGUUCGCGUCGUUGUUUUUGUGCGCGCGGGCGAGGGAGGUGGGGACGGAGGGAAUCGGACGCGUGGCGGGUGAUUUGAGACGGAUGUACGACCUGGGGGCGGGGGGGAGCGCGAUCGGGGUGCGCGUGCUCAACGCGCUCGGUCACGGGAACCAUCGACGGUUUUUCGAGCUCGUGGAGAGCGACGCGUGCGCGUACGAACACGCGUGCGUACUCGAACGGAUGUUCCCGGACGUGCGCGUGCGCGCGUUGGAGGUGAUGAAUGCGGCGAUGAACUCGACGCCGAUGUCCACCGAGGAGCUCGCGCGCGUGCUUCGCCUGGACCGCGCGCGAGACGCGGCGGAUUUAGCCGACGCGUGCGGGCUCGCCGUCGACGGAGACUUUGUGUCGUUCCGAACGAAGCCGUUCACGCGUCCGAACAUGCGAGACCCCGACGUGUGCAGGCGAUUGCGCUCGAUGUCGUGCUCCAUCGUGGACGCUAAGCUCCCGGAGGGCGAGCGCUGGUACGACGCCGUCGCGCCGCCGCGAACCGACCCGAACGCGAGUAUAGAGUAG